UAGACCAAGAGAAAGGUAGACGAAAGAAAGAGCGCACCUUCCUCCUCUCCUUCGCAACGAAGCUCUCUUUUAAAAGGAGCCUAGAGAUUUCCUCUACGGUUCCUUCUUCAGAAACCCAGAUCACUUCUCCUACUUCAUCUCAAAACCUCAAAGUCUAAAACCUUUUCUUCUCUUGUUCCUCCAAAGCUCUAUCUUCUUCUCCAGAAAAGAUGUGUGGCUCAGAGAGCAACCUCUGCUCUUCAAGAACCUUAACAGAAGCCGAGUCCAUGAGACAGAAAUCACAAGAAGGAGUCCCCGCCGCCACGUGUCUUCUUGAACUCGCCGCAUGCGACUAUCUUCCCUCCUUCAGGAGAGAGAUCGAAGAGAACUCGUCGGAUAUCAACGAAUCGGGUUUUUGGUACUGCAGACGGGUCGGGUCAAAGAAGAUGGGUUUUCAAGAAAGAACACCUCUCAUGGUUGCUGCUAUGUACGGAAGCAUCGAUGUUCUAACUUACAUAAUCUCCACUGGAAGAUCCGACGUGAACAGUCUCUCCAGCGACGAGAAAGUCACUGCUCUUCACUGUGCGGUUUCCGCCUGUUCUGUCUCAAUCGUCCAAGUCAUCAAGAUCUUGCUUGAUGCCUCCGCUUCACCUAACAGCCUUGACGCUAAUGGAAACAAACCGGUUGAUCUUUUGGUCAGAGCUUCCCGGUUUAUACCUAACCAGACUAGAAAAGCUGUUGAGAUUCUCUUAACCGGAAGCUCGGUUAGUUUGAUGGAAGAACAGGAAGAGGAGGAGGUGAAGAGUGUUGUGUCCAAGUAUCCAGCAGAUGCGUCCCUUCCCGACAUCAACGAAGGUGUUUACGGAACAGACGAGUUUAGAAUGUUUAGCUUCAAGGUCAAGCCAUGUUCUAGGGCUUACUCGCACGAUUGGACCGAGUGUCCUUUCGUUCAUCCUGGCGAGAACGCGAGGAGGAGAGAUCCGAGGAAGUAUCCUUACACUUGCGUCCCUUGUCCCGAGUUUCGUAAAGGGUCUUGUCCUAAAGGAGAUUCUUGCGAGUACGCGCACGGUGUUUUCGAGUCUUGGCUUCACCCUGGUCAGUACAGGACACGGCUUUGUAAAGACGAGACCGGUUGCGCUAGGAGAGUUUGUUUUUUCGCUCAUAGGAGGGAUGAGCUGAGACCGGUUAAUGCUUCCACUGGCUCAGCUAUGGUUUCACCUCAGUCGCCGAUGAGCUCUCCUAUGGGUGAUAAUGGUGUUCCUUUGUCUCCAAGAAACGUUGGUUUAUGGCAGAACACACCACCACCGUUGCAGCUUAACGGUAGUAGAUUGAAGUCUAGUUUGAGUGCUAGAGAUAUGGAUAUGGUGAUGCAACUUCAGUCUCCAAGCAGGCACUCUCAGAUGAACCAUUACCCUUCUUCUCCUGUGAGGCAACCGCCUCCUCAGAGGUUUGAGUCUUCAGCAGCUAUGGCAGCUGCGGUGAUGAACGCGAGAUCAUCAGCGUUUGCUAAACGCAGUUUGAGUUUCAAACCAGCUCCUGUAGCAGCUUCUAAUGUCUCCGAUUGGGGAUCACCUAAUGGGAAGGUUGAGUGGGGGAUGCAAAGAGAGGAGAUGAACAAGAUGAGGAGAAGUGUCUCCUUUGGGAUUAAUGGGAAUAACAAUAACAAUAACAAUGUGUCACGUCCUGUGAGGGACUACAGCGAUGAGCCAGAUGUGUCGUGGGUGAACUCGCUGGUGAAAGAUAGUGCACAGGAGGGAGCCUUCGGGUUGAAUGGUGCAGCGGUUAGGGACGAGUUUAAGCUGCCGUUGUGGGCAGAGCAAAUGUACAUAGACCAUGAGAAGCAGCAGAGUGUGGCAUAAGAAGAAAGGAUCUAACAAAUCUUGGCAAUAAUUUUUUGAUUUGUGUUUGACAGCCAUAUAGUUAUCUACUAGUAUAUGUUUCUUUAUAUUCUCUUGUUUUUUUUUAAAAUGUCAUUCUCUUGUCUUUGUGACACUAAGUAAUGAUUGAAAGCAAAUAAUUGAUGAAUGAGUUCAAAAAAGGAUCUUAGUAGCUUUGUAUAUGUAGCAAUGAGAUAUAAGUAAUGCGUUAGGUGUUUUAA